ACUUUCAGUAUUAAAUUGCAAAUGCUUUAAGCCACACUAGUUCUUCACCAUAUCUUGCUCUGAACCAAUUUACACAUAUAGCAAAUUUCAGUCUGAUUUUCGCCAAUUGCUGUGCGUAUGUAUAUCUCCUACUGAAAUUACAUCAAGAACGGAUACCUGAAAUGGAACCUUACAAACCAUGGUUUUUAGAAUCUGCAGUGAAACUUUUAAACAUCCCGUCGCACAAAGUUAAGCUCGGCAAUUUCCCAACCCCACUGCACCCCUGGUCAUUCUCUUUCCAAGGAAAGACAUACAACUUCCUCAUAAAACGGGACGAUUUGACGGAUUUAGCCGCAAGUGGGAACAAAAUACGGAAAUUGGAAUUCAUCCUCCCCGAAGUUUUGAGGGGACAGCACGACUGGAUCGUGUCUCUGGGGCCAACGCAAUCCAAUUGUUGUCGCGUCGUGUCCGCGAUCGCUCCCCGACUUGGCUUGCGAUCUGCUCAUGUUUUAGUGAAAAAUCUGGAAUGUCAACCAUCGCAAGGAAAUCUCUUUUUCCAUUCACUAUUCGGAUCUAAGUUAUUCUUCAUCUCGAGGGACCAUUACCUCCAACAUGGGCAGCAAAAGUUGCUCGAAGAAGCGAAGGAAACCUUGAUGAAGGAAGAGGGUGCUUCGAACCCGUACAUAUUGCCCAUGGGUGGGAGUACGGUGCACGGAAUAUUCGGCUACAUCGACUGCUUUCACGAGUUGGAAGGUCAACUCGAAGAAUUGAAAGGUGCUCCCGUGGAUGAAAUUUUUUUUGCCUGUGGAAACGGUGGAAUUGCUGCUGGGCUCGUGAUUGGAAAGCUAUUGUCAAAUUCUAGUUAUUUAAAAGAUGUAAAACUAACAGGGUACAUCGCAUGGGAUGAAAAGCCGGCAUAUUUCUUGAACUAUGUCAACGAGAUGUUGACGUUGGUCGGAUUAAGGGGAGAAUGCAAGGCAGAGGACGUAAUUCGGUUUGAAACUGCUAAAAAUCUUGGUUACGGGAUCAAUUCAGGGGAAGAAAUUGAGUUGAUUAAAUGUGUGGCGAGAUCGUCUGGGAUAAUUUUGGAUGGGAGUUACACAGUGAAAGCGGUUGGUAGUUUCAUAAAGGAGAAGAGACACGAGGGGAAAGUCUGCAUCUUUUUGCACACUGGUGGGAUGUUUUCAAUGAUGGGGAGUGGACAUAUUUUUGAUUAGUAUUAUGCGUUAAAUCCAUAUUCGAAAUUGUGAGACAUCUACAUUAUAAGAGUAAUAGUAGUAAAUUACUACUAGUAAUUAAUAAAUCCAGCAGUAUAAGUUAAUUAACAAUAUAUCUAUUUAUUUAUCUAGUGACGCAUGUACACAUUUAAUUUUGUUGUUUGUGUGACCAUAAAAGACGACACAAAUAUUUACUUUAGGAAAAGUGAGCUCAGCUCACCUUUUGAAUAUAUCACUGACAAAUUCACAGACGUACAAAUAGUUUAGAUUUUAUUUUUAAAUUGCAUAAACAAAGUUCAUA